UAAAGCACUUUGUAUUAGAAUUUUUCUUAAUUCUAAAAAUCAAAUCCGAAACUUCAUGUUAAAAUUGCAUGCCACUAUAGAUCUUGAUGACAAGUUACAUGACAGUGACUGACCAAUCGUUUAAAGAAGAGCUUUAGUGAAAGAAAAAAAAAAAAAAAAGAGAACCAAAAAGGGAUAUGGGUUCUGAGUCUGCCAAACGCGUAAGAGAAGCACCACAACUUUAACCGAGUGUACCUCAAUUAAUUUGUCUUAAUUAAGGACCAUACCCACUAUUUAAGUUUUUCAUUUCACGUAAUUACUACUCCUUAAUAGACUUUUUAGCAUUACCCAAUCGACUAAGUAGAUCAAACAUAACAUAUGACCCCCGUCCAUUUCGGUCAACUAAGCCAUAAAACAAGGUAACGAAAAGAAGGACCGUUUUAAUGCAAAAGAAGAAAUGACUUAAGGAAGCUCCAUUAAUGUUGAACCAAGUAUUCAUAGCAAUUCUCUCACCCAAAACUCGGAUCAAUCUUCUUCACUACUCCUUAAUUCUUUUAUUAUUCUCAUUGUCUCCAUAAAGCUCCCGAACACACCAUGUUUUUCUACUUUUGUUUCUGUAACUAUAUUCCUUAUCCAACUCGUUUAUCACAAUGUCGUGGAAAUUUCUUACGUCCAUUUAACUUUCCUGUCUUUUUCUCUUUCACCGCGUUACUGUUUAUUUCCCAAUGCGUUGCCUUUUUAUGAAAGUAACGGUUCGUCUAUUUAUUGCGUUAUAUUUGUAGUAAGUUAACGGAGAAGAAUAAAGGAAGGACUAAUAAAAUAUGGAGAGCUAUUUGAAUGAGAAUUUUGGAGGAGUGAAGCCGAAGCACUCCGAGGAUGAGAUGCUACGGCGAUGGAGGAGCCUUUGUGGUGUAGUCAAGAAUCCAAAACGUCGAUUUCGUUUCACUGCAAAUCUAUCUAAGCGAUAUGAGGCUGCUGCCAUGCGCCGUACCAAUCAUAACCUUAUGUUUCAUGUGUUACAGGAGAAACUAAGGGUAGCAGUUUUGGUUUCCAAGGCUGCAUUUCAGUUCAUAUCAGGUGUGCAAGUAAGUGACUACACCGUCCCUGAUGAAGUUACAAAAGCUGGUUUUCAAAUUGAUGCGGAAGAGCUAGGAUCCAUAGUUGAAGGCCAUGAUCUGAAAAAGGUGAAAUUUCAUGGUGGAGCGGAUGGUAUUGCAAAUAAACUGGCUACUUCAAGUACCGAUGGGCUAUCUACGCGUGAUUAUAGUGCUCUAAACCGCAGACAAAAGAUUUUUGGAGUUAACAAAUUCCAAGAAAGUGAAGCUCGGAGCUUUUGGUUGUUUGUUUGGGAAGCCCUUCAAGACAUGACCCUCAUGAUCCUUGGUGCGUGUGCAUUUGUUUCUCUACUUGUUGGCAUUGCAAUGGAGGGAUGGUCAGAUGGGGCUCAUGAUGGUCUUGGAAUAGUAGCUAGUAUUUUGUUGGUGGUCUUUAUUACUGCAACAGGUGAUUAUCGUCAAUCUUUGCAGUUCAGAGACUUGGAUAAAGAGAAAAAGAAAAUUUCCAUCCAAGUUACUAGGAAUGGAUACAGACAAAAGAUGUCUAUAUAUGAUCUAGUUCCAGGUGAUAUUGUUCAUCUCGCAAUAGGAGAUCAAGUCCCUGCAGAUGGACUUUUUCUUUCAGGAUUUUCUGUUUUAAUUGAUGAGUCCAGUUUGACUGGAGAAAGUGAGCCAGUGAUGGUCACUGCUCAGAAUCCUUUUCUUCUUUCUGGCACCAAGGUCCAAGACGGGUCUUGUAAGAUGUUGGUAACGACAGUAGGGAUGAGGACUCAGUGGGGAAAACUGUUAGCAACUCUCAGUGAAGGUGGAGAUGAUGAAACUCCAUUACAAGUCAAACUGAAUGGAGUGGCAACAAUCAUCGGGAAAAUAGGCCUUUUCUUUGCUGUUGUGACUUUUGCAGUACUUGUGCAGAAAAUGUAUAGUCGUAAACUGACAGAGGGAUCCCACUGGAGCUGGUCUGCAGGAGAGGCUAGAGAAUUAUUGGAAUACUUUGCAAUUGCAGUUACAAUUGUAGUGGUUGCAGUUCCCGAAGGACUUCCCCUCGCUGUGACAUUGAGCCUUGCUUUUGCCAUGAAAAAGAUGAUGAAUGAUAAGGCACUUGUCCGACAUUUAGCAGCUUGUGAGACAAUGGGCUCUGCUACAACUAUUUGUAGUGACAAAACUGGCACGCUAACAACCAACCGCAUGACUGUAGUGAAAACAUGCUUCUGUAUGAAUGUCAAGGAUGUGAAUAAGCCGAGUGAUGCAUCCUCCCUUUGUUCUGAAAUCCCGGAUUCUGUACUAAAAACAUUACUUCAGUCAAUUUUUAACAAUACUGGAGGAGAGGUUGUAGCUACCAAGCACGGGAAACCUGACAUAUUGGGAACACCAACUGAGACUGCUAUAUUGCAAUUUGGUUUAGCACUUGGUGGAAAUUUUCAGGCAGAACGACAAGUUGGGAAACUCAUAAAAGUUGAGCCAUUUAACUCUACUAAGAAGCGCAUGGGUGUGGUGCUGGAGCUUCCUGAAGGAGGUUUAAGGGCUCAUACAAAAGGUGCUUCCGAAAUAGUUUUAGCUGCCUGUGACAAGGUAAUUAAUUCAAGUGGAGAGGUUGUUCCCUUGGAUGAAACAUCCACUAACCAUCUGAAGACCACAAUUGAUCAGUUCGCCAGUGAAGCUCUUCGCACCUUGUGUCUUGCAUAUAUGGAGCUGGAAAAAGAAUUUUCCCCUAAUGCUGAUAUUCCAGUUUCUGGGUACACUUGCAUAGGUAUUGUAGGUAUAAAGGAUCCUGUUCGUCCUGGAGUCAAGGAAUCUGUAGCGCUCUGUCGUUCAGCUGGUGUCACUGUUCGAAUGGUUACUGGAGAUAACAUCAAUACAGCAACAGCCAUAGCUAAGGAAUGUGGUAUACUGACUGAUGCUGGUAUUGCCAUUGAAGGUCCAGUUUUCCGAGAGAAGAGUCAAGAGGAAAUGCUAAACCUAAUUCCCAAAAUUCAGGUGAUGGCUAGGUCUUCACCACUAGACAAGCACACGUUAGUCAAGCAAUUGCGUACCACAUUUAAUGAAGUGGUAGCAGUAACUGGUGAUGGAACUAAUGAUGCUCCUGCACUACAUGAAGCAGAUAUCGGACUUGCUAUGGGCAUUGCUGGAACUGAGGUUGCCAAAGAGAGUGCUGAUGUCAUCAUACUGGAUGACAAUUUCUCCACAAUUGUGACAGUAGCCAAAUGGGGACGUUCAGUCUAUAUAAACAUUCAGAAAUUCGUUCAGUUUCAGCUGACUGUUAAUAUUGUUGCAUUGGUUGUCAACUUCUUGUCAGCUUGUUUCACUGGGACUGCUCCACUUACUGCUGUUCAACUCCUGUGGGUUAACAUGAUCAUGGAUACUUUGGGAGCCCUUGCCCUUGCAACAGAGCCUCCUCAUGAUGGACUAAUGGAAAGAGCCCCGGUGGGCAGGUCAGGAAAUUUUAUAAGUAAUGUGAUGUGGCGGAAUAUCUUGGGACAAUCCUUAUAUCAGUUCCUAGUAAUAUGGUUUCUUCAGUCAAAUGGAAUGGCAUUAUUUCGCCUAAAUGGCCCUGAUGCUACACUAACGCUCAAUACAAUAAUCUUCAACACAUUUGUAUUUUGCCAGCUCUUCAAUGAAGUGAACUCCCGAGAGAUGGAAAAAGUUGAGGUUUGGGAAGGAAUGCUUGAUAAUUAUGUAUUUGUUACAGUUCUCAGCGUAACACUUGUGUUCCAAAUCAUAAUUAUAGAAUAUCUGGGGACAUUUGCAAGCACAACACCAAUCUCAUUCGGCCAAUGGUUCAUUAGUGUAUUUUUCGGAUUCUUGAGCAUGCCUGUUGCAAUAGGCUUAAAAAGGUUUGAGGUAUGAAGUAGUGAAUUGAAGGUACCAUGUCUUUUUGUACAAUCCGCUCACGAAAACUCAAUAGGACAAUGAAGUUUUUUGAAUGUUGCAGCCUCAGUAACACAAUUGUAACUUCUAAGAUCCCAAAAUUUCUUAUGUUUCCCAGGUUUUUCUUUGCUUGAGAGGGAAAAAAAAAAAAGAAAAAAAAAAAAAAAAACAACAACAACAACAAAGAAUAGGAGGAUCCAGGAUCCUAACACUUUGAAGCACUGUCUAGCCAAGGCUUUCAAGCAUCAUCUGAUUUACCUUGAUUUUAGCACAUAGAAUAGUGUUACUCCUUCAAACAGCUUUAGCAUUUUUCUGAUUUGUUGGGAUUUGUCAUGUAAUUAUAACUUUACCUGUUGAUGAAGAAUUUUUUUGCUUUAAGCUUUCAGUUCUC